UUCUUCACUCUUGUCUUGUCUCCUUGCCAAGCCGAGCAAGUCACCGGAGGCAAUUGCUGGCCAAGCCAAGCCAAGCCAAUGGAGGAUGCGAGGGGGUUCCGGGGGAUACCGGCGUUCGGGGAAUGGAACUACGGCGACGGCGACGGCUGGUCUGUGCUCUCCCAGCGCUUCGAGUCUGCGAUGCACACCCAGCUCCCCGUACACAAACCCUGCAAGAGGGCGACGGCAGGUCGCAGGAGGCGAGUCCCACCGUUCGGAGAGUGGAACAACCACAGCAACGGCGACGGCGAUGGCUGGACGGCAGGCAUGGCACACAAAUCACUCAAGCAGGAGCUCAUUGGUUACGACAGUGGCGUCGUCCCCAUGGGGAAGCAGCACAAGAUUGCGAGGCAACCCUGGGUGGAUGACUCAGGACCCCACGUGGCAAUGGAUCCGUUCUUCUUCACGACGGUCAAAGCUGUUGACGAUGACCUGUAUGAGGUCCCACUGGACAUGCCCUGCGCUAAGCUACUACGGAAGGGCAGGACGUGGCUGAGGAGCCUGCUGAUGAGGUGUUGCGGCAUCAACUGCUUCGCCUACUGA